AAAACCCACACAGCGCAAGUCAGACACGUCACCCAGCAAGAACAGCGAGAGCCAAGCAAGCAAGCAAGCCAGGAAGGACAACAGACAGGGAACGAUGAUGAAUGCUGCGAACAAGGCGUGCGGGUGCUUCUGCUUCACCCUCGUGUUCCACAAUGGCACGGACGACGCAACAAACGCGGCCAUGGAUGCAGCCAUCCCACAGUUGAAAGUGGACGCGGAGCUGGCGACUGCGGCCCUCGACCACGACGGUGACAUCGAGUGGCUGGACUGGAAGAUCGGGCAGCUCGAUCGGAACAAGCGCAUGGUGUGCGUGUAUGGGUCGCUGAAAUUUGAGCAGGAGAGCGUGGCUGGGCACGAGCUGGAGACGGCGCUGGAAGAAGCGCUUGCUGCCACGCCAGCGCGCCUGCCCGAUCUCCGUCUGCAAGAAGUGGAGGUGGAGAUGGUGGCCACGUUGCCGGUCCGCGUGCCACUGGAGAGCGUGUGCAUCAACGACAUCACCCACACGGCUGCCGCCUCCAACGUCUCCGACCUGCAGUCCCAGAUUUCGCGCCUCGGCAUUGCCGUGCUCAAGGACGCCCUCUCCACAGCCGUGCUCCAGCAGGCAAAGGAGGAGGCCGACAAGGCAAUCGAGCGGGCUGACAAGGCGCUGAAGGCGCGUGGCAUCGACAUUGGACACGAGGACUUCCGCUUCAAGGAAAUCUCUUCCCGCCAAAAGCAGCGGUUUGAUCUUCUGUUGGAUAUGGACGAGUGCGUUGGCGUGAAUGCGUUGGGUACACUGGGUCCCUGGCGACAGCUCGUUGAGGCCAUACUGGGGAAAGACGUCGUGUUCCAGACCUCUGUUGUGUAUUCGCGGCCCGGCGCUGAGGAACAGACGUGGCAUGCGGACGGCCCACACGUUGGCAGGACGGCCGACUGGACAGGCUGCGGGCACGAGGCGCCGUACGCGCUGUGUGUGUUUGUACCGCUGGUGCAGUUCUCUCCAGAGCUCGGCUUUACGCAAUUCUGGCCCGGAUCACACAAGUACGACGGCCUCCUUGGGUUUGGCCCCGUGUGUCCGCUGAUUGAGUGUGCAGUGGACGGGCUGGUUGACCUCGGCGCUGCACUCGUCUACGACUACAGACUCAUCCACAGAGGCAUGCCCAACACCUCUGAGAGCAGCGAGCGGCCCAUGCUGCAGUUUCUGUAUCACCGCCCCACGUACAAGGAGGCGCGAAACUACGGCACACAGUCCCUCUUUGCAGCUGCAUAGUACUGCCUCGAUAAAGAGGGAUGAGUGGUGUGCUUUGUGUGUGUGUGUGUGUGUUUCGUGUGUGUGUGUGUGUGUGUGUGUGUGUGUGUGUGUGUGUGUGUGUGUGUUUCAUGUGUUUCAUGUGUGUUUCGUGUGUGUGUGUGUGUGUGUGUUCGUGAGUUUCGUGUGUGUGUGUGUGUGUGACUGAGUGGAUGAGUGUGUGUGUUAUAUGUGUGUAUACGUGGAUUUGCUUCCAAAACUCGCGUUUCCACACUUUGCCUGAAUCUGUCAACUUCAUCACCAACGUGUUGCCAUUGCCAUGCGUCCUGUAGAGUUCGUUUAUUACUGUGUAGUCGUGUCGCUUGAGGGGCAGCACGCUGCCUGCAGCUUUGUUGCCAACACCGUUACCCGUCAUCAACAACGACCGUAAAUGCACACAAGGGAGA